AUGAUUGUAGCUUCACAUAACGGUGAAGAGAACGAGUUUUCUUCAGAGGAGAUUUCAUCUAUGGUUCUUAUUAAAUUGAAAGAACUUGCAGAGAAAUUCCUUGGUAAAACUGUACGUGACGCAGUCAUCACAGUACCAGCUUAUUUUGAUGAUUCCCAACGCCAAGCAACAAAGGAUGUUGGUCAUGUUGUUGGACUUAAUGUUCUACAGAUAAUCAAUGAGCCAACCUCAGCAGCAAUUGCAUAUGGAUUAGACAUGAAAAAUCAUAUAGCUCGUGACAUAAAUGUGCACAUCUUUGAUUUAGGUGGUGAUACAUUUGAUGUCUCUCUUGUCACCAUUGAUAAGAAGGGUACGAUAACAGUUAAGGUCGUUGUUGGUGACACUCACUUAGGUGGCCAGGACAUUGAUAACGCAAUGUUUGACUAUUUUGUGGAACAAUUCAAGAGAAAGCACAAGGCAGACAUCAGUGUGAAUAAAAAAGCACCAUCUCGGUUGAAGGAAGCUUGUGAAAAAGAAAAAAGAGUUCUCUCUUCAAUUAUUGAUACUACUAUCGAUAUUGACAACUCGCAUGAUGGUGUUGAUUUUUCUAUGAGAAUAUCUCAUGCAAAGUUUAAAAAGCUUAAUGAAGAUUUCUUUAGUAAUUGUAUAAAGAUGGUGGAGACGUGUUUGGGUGAUGAAAAAAUGAAUAAAAAACAGAUAGAUGAGGUAGUAUUAGUUGGUGGGUCAACUGGGAUACCCAAGGUACAACAAUUGUUGAAAGACUUCUUCCAAGGAAAAGAGCUUUUUAAGAAGAUCCAUGUUGAUGAGGUAGUUGCGUAUGGUGCAACAGUUCUUGCUGCAAAAUUAACUGGCUAUAGCGGUAAAAGAGUUCGCAACCUAGUGUUGAUAGAUGUUGUGCCUUUGUCACUUAGUAUUGAAAUUUAUGGUGGCUAUUUGUCUGUUUUAAUUAAAAGAAAUUCCCCAAUACCAGCCAAGAAGGAAGGAAUUUAUGUUAAUGUUAAGGAUUACGAAGAUACAUUAACUUUCAAUGUCUAUCAGGGUGAGAGAAGUAUGGCCAAAGACAGUAAUUGGCUAGGAAAAUUCGAUGUUACAGUCCCACCUCUACUAAAGGGGUUGUCACAGGUAAACGUGAUCUUCGACAAUGAUGCUAAUGGUAUUUUAAAUUGGUCAGGAGUGGAAUUAACAACUGGCCUAAAAAAAGGGAUUAUAGUUACCAAUCACAAGGACAUGCUUUCGACAAGAAAUAUCGAAAAAAUGCUAGAUGAUGCUCACAAGUACAAAUUACAAGACGAGGAGAACAAGAAGAAGGUUUUUGUACAUAAUGCAUUGGAGGACUACCUUUAUGAUGUGAAAAGAAAAAUCAAGAAAAUAGGAAACACUACCAAGAUGUUUACUAAGAAAGAACUGGAAAUAAUGGAAAUUGCCAUAGAAAAAGCAAACGAAAUUCUUAAUGAAAGCCAACUUGCGGGUUUUGAUGAGUAUCAAAAGGAGCUAAAUCAGUUGGAAAAGGUAUGCCUGCCAAUCAUUGUCCAACAUGUUUAA